AUGGCUAAAUGGGGUGAAGGAGAUCCCCGAUGGAUAGUGGAGGAGCGUCCGGACGCCACGAAUGUCAACAACUGGCACUGGUAUGUGUUGGGCACCGGUUGGACUGAGAAGAAUGCGUCGAAUUGGUCUAAAGACAAGUUGAGACAAUUGCUGACAAACCUGGAGGUGGAUGAGCCGGGCGUUGGUUUGUGUCACAUAACGAGUGUGGAGUCGAUGGACGGGGAGGCGGUGGCCAACAACCGGAAGGGGAAACUCAUAUUCUUCUACGAAUGGGUCAUCAAAUGUGUUUGGAAUGGAAGGAUUAAUGGAUCCGAUGGUGAAGUCAAGGGUACGCUUGAGAUACCAAAUCUCAGCGAAGAGAACAGCGCCGACGAGAUUGUGGUCGACGUGUCCUUAGACUCGGAUGACUUUAAUGGAGAGAUACUUAAGGAUGUGAUGAGACACAAAGGCACAGAACUGAUCCGAAAGCAAAUGCAGGCCUAUAUAUUGUCUUUAAGGGACGAGUUCGCCAGUGAUAUGAUUAAACCAUCGAAAGUGAUGUCCAGCGGAAACAUCAAUGCAUUUCAGACCGAAAGUCAGACCAAACAGAAAGCGGAGUCAACACAGCCGUCGGGAAAUGCCAUCAAAUCUGCAUUCAAUAGUGUCGUCAAUAAACCCAAAGACGAUAAGUUUGAAUUGACUUCACUUAAGAUGACUGAGGAGUUGAAGUGUACGGCAGAGGACUUCUACCGGUCGUUGACUGAAAUCGAGUUGAUUCAGGCCUUCACCAGAGCUAACGCAGUGAUGGACCCAAAGGUUGGCGGAGUGUUUCAGCUCUUUGACGGCAACAUCAGCGGCCGGUUCACUGAAUUAGUGCCCAAUAAAGUGAUUAAACAGAACUGGAGAUUCAAAGCAUGGCCUCCGGACCACUACUCGCAAGUGACCAUCACUUUGGAGCAGAAGAGCGACUGUACGGAAGUGAUCGUCGAUCAGACGGGUAUUCCUAAGCAUGACUUCGACCGAACAGAAAACGGUUGGAAAUACUAUUACUUCGAAAGUCUUAAGCGAACCUUUGGUUUCGGCGCUUCACUUCACUAACACUAAACACUUUUGUUUAAUUUAUGUCCAAAUUUAGGUCUAAAUUGUCUAUAAAAUUGUACAGAUUUUCUCAUUUAUUAAUUUUUAAACAGAUUUUUGUUUCAAUCGAUUGAUUAUUAAAUUUAUAAUUUUUAACAUACAAUAA